AUGAUUUUAAAAGAUGAAAUUUGGAGAGAUUCACUUGUGAAAUAUGUUGAAAGUAUAUUAUAUGAAGAACUUUGUUCUUGUAUUUGUUACUCUGCUAUGGCCGAAAACUGGCCGGCGCAAAGGGUAAAGAUUCAGAGGGAAAGGCCUCCGGAUCCGCUAUUGUAA